GAAAAACACAGAUCAAAGUAAAAGUAACUUCUAGAGACCUUUCCACAAGAGGGAGGUAACUACACUGUUUUUUAUUCUUUCCUGUUUCAUCUUCACUUCAUUGAAAAUGUCUUGCCAGUCUGAGGAGGAUCUUACCUGUCCUAUUUGUCAGGACAUCUUCAACGACCCUGUCAUCCUGUUUUGUAGCCACAGCUUCUGUAAAGUCUGUCUGCAGAGAUGGCAGAAAGGGAAACAAAUACUUGAGUGUCCGUGCUGUAAGACAAGGUCACCGAGGUUUGAUCCACCUCGUAACCUGGCAUUAAAGAACCUGUGUGAGACCUUCUUACUGGAGAGAGAUCAGAGAGGUCCAGCAGGGUCUGGUGCUCUCUGCAGUCUACACUCUGAGAAAUUCAGACUUUUCUGUCUGGACCAUCAGCAGCCCGUGUGUCUUGUCUGCAGAGAUUCAAAAACACACAACAACCACAGAUUCAGACCCAUCGAUGAAGCUGCACAGGAUCACAGAGAGGAGCUCCAGAAAUCCCUGAAACCCUUACAGGAGAAACUGAAGCUCUUUGAACAAGUUAAAGGAAACUGUGAUCAAACAGCAGAACUCAUUAAAGUCCAGGCUCAACACAUAGAGAGUCGGAUUAAGGAGCAGUUUGAGAAGCUUCACCAGUUUCUACAAGAGGAAGAGGAGGCCAGGAUCGCUGCUGUGUGGGAGGAAGAGGAGCAGAAGAGUCAGAUGAUGAAGGAGCACAUUGAGUCUCUGAGCAGAGAGAUAGCAGCUCUUUCAGACACCAUCAGAGCCACAGAGGAGGAGCUGAGAGCUGAAGACGUCUCAUUCCUGCUCAGCUACAAGGCUGCAGUGGAAAGAGUCCAGCAGCGCCCCCUGCUGGAGGAUCCAGAGCUGGUCUCAGGAGCUCUGAUAGACGAGGCCAAACACCUGGGCAACCUGACCUUCAACAUCUGGAACAAGAUAAAGAAGAAAGUCUCCUACACUCAUGUGAUUCUGGAUCCAAACUCUGCUCAUCCACAUCUCAUCCUGACUGAAGAUCUGACCAGGGUGAGGUUUGGAGAGAAACAGAAGCUUCCUGAAAACCCAGAGAGGUUUGACUAUCAUAACAUUGUCCUGGGCUGUGAGGGCUUUGACUCAGGGACUCACAGCUGGGACGUUGAGGUUGGCGACAGUACAAUCUGGUCUCUGGGUGUCGCAGCAGAGUCUGUUAAGAGGAAAGGGAAAAUAGAGUCUGGUUUAUGGAGAAUAGGAUUCUCUAAAGGUAAAUAUAAAGCCUUCUCCCCAUCUGCAGAACCAAUCGUUCUUUCAGUGCAGCAGAAGCUUCAGCAGAUCAGAGUUCACCUGGACUGUAAAAGAGGAGAGAUGUCAUUCUUUGAUCUUAAUACUAACACACGUAUCCACAUCUUCACUCACACCUUCACUGAGAAGCUGUUUCCAUACAUUAGCAAUAGAGAUGAAUUCCCAAUUCAGAUUUUACCAGAGGAUGAUAUAAAUGGCGGUGAAAGCAAAAUCAUUUAAGUUCUGCUGUGUCCCUCAUUUUAUCUUAAUUUGUGUUGCUGCUGGUGAUUGAAUAAAGUUGUCUCAGCUGUUACUGUCAUUGUUUGUCAGCAAAUUACUGAUGAUGUACAUUAGGAGACUGAUGUAUUUUGACGAACUGUAAAAACAUCUCCAACAUACAGAUGAUACUGUCUGUACAAGAGUUUUCAAACUUUAAUUCUUCUAUGUCAGAGACACUUUAUUUAAAAAGUUCAGAUCUAAUUGUGGGUUCAUGCUUUCUUUAAUGUUGGUGAUUCAGGAACUGAAACUUUCUUUGAUGUUCCUCUCAUGGGAAGUCGCAGCGAAAUGUUAAAACAACAGCAAACUGUAAAUUACUGAAGUUCUGAAUAGUUUUAGUUAGUGGCUAGAGUCCCCUGUCAGGAGGCAUUUAUCACAGAAGAAAUGUUGACAAGUCACAGUAGGGAAAGCACAGGUUUGAAUAACUACGCGCUAGCUUACUGGGACACUUAGAUAGAGAAAGAGAUAGAUGUUAACGUUAUUAGUUACACCAUUUUUUCUUACUAUGAUAAGUCAGCAUCCCUGCUGUGAAGAAGGCCUUCUGGCAGCCAAUCACAGCACACAGUUUUAUGCCCAGCAAACAACUGUGAGUGAACAGUGUGCCCACAAGUUGUUUGUGAAAGCCUUAAAGUCACAAAGAAAGGAAAGUUAGAACAUCGUAAUAUGAUAAAUUUCUCAAUGCAAUGGUAUUUCUGCUUUAGUUUAAACUAUGAUUUAAACUAAAUCCAUCAGGUUUGAGUGGAAAGUGAGCUUUACUUUGUGAUAUGGAGCCAUAAAGAGAUAGACGUACAGGCCUCCACACACACCUAACUCUGGUACAGUACAUACGUAUAUUGUGCAUUGUCCCUGUUAAAUAAAUAAAAAAAAUAAAAAAAAUAAAUGAAUAAAUUAGAUUUUGGAAGCAUAAACAAACUUUUUUCCAGCUGAAACACAAACACACUCCUCCUACUAAGAUGUUGCUGUGCUACUUUAUGAUGGGUGUUGUUAACUCGUUACACCGAAUCACAUUUCAUUGAAUACAUUUAUGUAACCGUCCUAGAGUAUUAGUUUAAGCAGAGAUGUGCAGAUGUUUAAGAUUGUGAAGUAUGUGCAUGCAAGUUGAUUUAAACACAACAGUAAAUCUUUUUGGUUAAGUGUUUUCUAAGUAUCUGUAGUGAAAUACUAUGUUACGGUUUAAGAUCAUUAUGUUUCAAUAAUUUUCUUAUCAACAUAAUAAAAAAAAUUGCUUGUCUUUUAUAGCUUUUUAAUAAUGUUCUUUAUUGUUGAGAAAGUGUGAGUGAUCUUAUUUGUAUUCUGUAUUGUACCCAGACAUGAAGAUUUUUUGCUGGAGUCUGUUCCUGUGAAUUCCUCACAGCUAUAACAAUCUGACAUACCAGCUAUCCUUUACCCUAUCCUAGAUGAACAUUUAAAGGAUGAUGUCUGUUUGCCUUUUAAUCUGUAACCUGCUUUGUGAUUAUUUUCCAACUUGUUUAGCAAGCUUGAUUUUAAUAUAAGCUUGAUUUUAAUAUAAAAUAUAUGAAAUCAUUUUAUGUUCAAGGUAUUUCAAGUUGUACAAGAUGUUUUAUUAAACAGAAGAUUAGAAUUAUGAGAUUUUGCUUCAGUUGUGUAAAUAAAAUCCUUAAUAUUUGCUCUUAACAUGGAAACAAAAAGUGUGUGUGUGUUUCAUCUGUGCCAUUAUCUACGACAUCAUCUGGUCAUCAUCUUUUCCUCUGGUUCUGCAUCAUUGUGAUGCACACAGCACAGCUGAGUGGUUUUAUAGGAACACACAUACACAAAAAACACACAUGCGCACACACAUGCACGCAGGUAGGAAGUGUCAUCGUUCUAUUUCUGGUCGCUUAUCUCAGAAUGAUAAAUCACUUUCAGGGACAGAGAGAGACAUUUGCGUGUGUGUGUGUGUGUGUGUGUGCUUGUUUUACUCUAUUUAUGGGGUCCGACAGCUUUGUGGGGACAAAAAUGCUGGACCACACAAGUUUAAAGGGCUUUUUGAAGGUCAAGACAUUGUUUUAGCGUUCAGGUUAGAAUUAGUUAAGGUUAAUUCUAUGUAUAUAGUGGGGAUGGUUAGGGUUAGGGUUAGGGAAUGCAUGUCAAUGAUGGGUCCCCACAAAGAGCGUGCCAAAAGGCUGCGUGUGUGUGAUCACACAGAUGAGUUUUUCUGAUCUGCCUCACAGUCAGUACGCUGCAUAUUAGCAGCAGUUUGUGAUGCUUCAGUGCGUUAUUCAUUACAGACUAGAGACCUGCAAAUAUCCUUAUGACUGGACAGGAAGGAACAGGGGUUGGUUAAUGCAUAAUAAUUAUGGUACAGCUGUGCAACCACUGGUCAAAUUAUCUCUACCCUGCCCGUACUUGGAGCUCGGAGCACCGGGGGAGUGUGUUACACCUUUACUCAAGCACUGGAAGUUUUCAAGCUGGGGGGUGGGGGUGGGGAUGAUUGCAGGGUGCGGCGCCUGAUUGGGAACCAUAGCCGGGCGAGCCAGCAACAAAACCUCGCUCAGCAGCCUCCCAGUGAACACUGCAUGAACAGGACCGAACACAGCCUCAAAGACCAAGAGGGAAUCCAGUACUGAGAUGACUUACACAGAACUUUCUGAUGGAUAGCUUUACUUUUUCCUAAACCGCUAACUCUUGCCUAUCUGCUUGUAUCUGUGGCUACUUAGCUCGAUUGGUUAGCCGUGCUGCUAGUGGUUCUAUUAGUUUACUCAGCCCCGGGGUGACAAGAGUCAAACUCGGCAAGAACACCACCUUGGUACUGUAUUCCCAGUGGUUAAAUUGGACUUUGUCGGUCUCGGAUGGUGUGCUCGGUCCCGGUCCAGCUGCCGUGUUCAGUCACUGAGAGCUGGAACCAGUCCACGCAGAGUCUGCAUGACGGAGAGGGGGCGUAAACACACAUCUGACGCUUCUGGUGACUGUAAACGCCAAUCAAUGUCUGCAACACUUCUCUUUCCAGCUUUGUGUUUUUACAAAAACACAUACAUAUACCAUAGAUUGGACAUUAAAAACUUAUACAGAGGCAAAUAGCACUGCAUUUUCUGUUUCAUAGAAACUCUGUGCUUAAAGGAAUCCCUAGGUGUAAUCUCCGAUUUUACAAAAUGUACCUGUAAUCUGAUUACGUUUAUUUGAUGAUGAAAUUAGUUAUUAUUCUGCCUUUUCUCUGGACAUGUCAGAGAACACAGAUAGACUAUGUGGGAGAGAUUCUGAAUGUGCAGAGAGUUUUGACUAUGAGCAGAAAAUCUACUGAAACACAGGAGCUAUUAAAGUCCAGGAGUUUAUAACUGAAUUAAAAUUACAAUUAAAACAAUUUUUCAUUAUUGUGAAAAGGUCCCACAGUCACAUUUAAAGAGGUUACUUCCCCAAACAAAGACAAAAAGAGGAGGGGAGACUAAAUCAUGAAUCAGCAGGGAUGAAAUUAAAUAAGUUGAUCUACAGGAGAAAUACAUCUGAUAGCAGCACAGAAUGACUGCACUGAGUUAUAUUCUGUUAUAGUUCUGUUAUAGAGUUUGAAUCAUCACCUGCCACCUGAAUUUUGUGUUUCUCUUUAAAUAAAUAAAAUAAAAAAUCACCAUAAACUGGUGCAGAAAAAAAUCAUCAGAAUGCAGGAAAUAAAGUGUUAAUUUUCAUCCAAUACAGCA